CUGCUCUCUCGAGUUUUCUCUCUGCCUCGCUGACUUGUUCUCUCUCGUGGAGAAAGAGCCUAAUGUAAAACGUUCGAUCGUGAAAAGAACAGUUGCUUUCCAGAAAACUGCGCUUGCAGGUCCGCAGCUGAAUAUCGGAAGAAAAGAAAGGCGGAUAAGAACGGAAUGAGAUGACAAAAUAGUGAAGUUGUACCUAGAACAGUAAUUUAUCGAUCACCGCAGUUUAUAAGCAAUAACAAUGGAGACGGCGCUGUCUGGAAUGAAUCUGUCGUGCCUGCUGUGUGAGCAGACUUUCGAUGCCAUUGAGAAGCUUGACGAUCACCUGUCCGUCCACUUUCCACAGCCGGUGGCCAGGAGCCAGGUCUGCGAUCUCUGCGGACGCAGCAUGCGAUCCUCGCUGGAGCUGCGCCAGCACUACAAAAGAUUCCAUGAGGCCCAUGUGCCCAGUACAGAUGGCCAUUUCCAAUGCCAGCUGUGCGACAAGGUCUUCCUCCUGCAGGAUCACCUUAGUGUCCAUGUGAAGAUCGAGCACGCCACCGAUGGCUACCGCCCGGAGGAGAGGUCCUUGGAAUGGGAGAAGCGCAAUCCCGACGCAUGUGAUCUUAACUCCGAUCUCAAGCUGGAUCCUAUUUUGUGUCCACCACCAAAGAGGACAUAUCCGCCGCGCUCCCCUUUCUUCAAUCCAAAUCUUUGGCUAGGUGGGGAUCUAUCCUACAUGUAGAUGAGUACUUUACCAUCUUUGAUACUAGAAGUCUAGCCAUUCCAAAUGAUUCUCAAAUACGUAAUCUAGAGCUCUUCGCCAAAUGAAGACAAGUACUGUACCAAUGUGCCAAUAAAACGCAUUGCCUCAUGAUUUAAUUAAAA